ACAUAUCGCCACACGAAAGGAUCACCUACUGUGACAACCUACAGUACUAAGAUCAUUACGACUCUGACUAUCUAAGUUGUCAUUUAAAAAUUGCUUGGAAAACAUUUGGUUGUCAGCACAACGGCUACCUGCAACGUGGUCACCGCAGCUUUUGAGCUUGCGUCAUUUGUGACAGCGUGUCUUGCCAGGGCUUCCUCCUGUGAAGACGUACUAAGGCCAGGCAUGGCAAAUGCGAAGUUGAUAGUGCCAGCAACAUUUGUGCUGCUUGCCUUCUACUUCGGCACAUGGCGUCUUCGGCAAAUGUUCUGGCUCAGCCAGUGGCUCAUGCUUGAAGCAAAUCUCUACAUGAAACCAUGGCCAUCAGCACAUCCCUUCUUCUCGAUGAUCGCUCGACUUGAAUGGCAUGCUCCUGAUCGGCCAGCAGUUGUGCCUCCCCUGCACGAGUUCAAUGCCUCUGAUUUUGACGCCAGCAAGGCCUAUGACAUCGCCAAAGGGAACACCGAGGUUCUUGUUGUUCGUGGGCUGUUCGAUGAUGCACCCUCCCGUUCCUGGGGAAAUGAGGAGUUCGUCCGCAAGUAUGGACGGACGAAGAUGGUGAUCAACAAUGGAACAGGUGCAAACUCCAUGUCCCACAGGCACCAGGAGUUCUACAAAAUCGUCGACUCCAACCUCCAGACUCUUGAUGAAUCCAUCCACCGCGGGGAUUCAGUGGUCAGCUACGGCAUCGAUGAGAUUUUCACACAAAAUCCCGAACUAGCUGAUGAGGUGGACGUGGAUCGUCUUGGACGCGGCAAUCAUAGGCAGGCUUGCAGACAGCUGGGGAUGCUUUAUGGCCGUGCCAGGGCUGGGCAAGCAGGAGGCCUCAUGUAUCACAAUGCCAUCUCAAGCAAUUAUCUCAUGCAAGUCUCUGGCUACAAGCUCGUGCGGCUGGUGUCCAAUGCGUACUCUUUGUACUUCUUCCCUGUUUCCGGUGGCGAAUUCGACUCCGGCUUCAUUGCUUCAGCGAAGUGGGAUGAUUUGGAAGAGCUGCCCACCUUGGAUGUGGUGCUUGGACCUGGCGAUGUGUUGCUCUUUCCACCUUGGCUUUGGCAUUCGACCAAGACGGUGGAUCCUCCCAGCAUUCAACCAAUUCCCACCGGUCAGACUGACCGACAUGCCAAUCUCAGCAUAGGCAUCACAUGCCGAUUUCCCACUCCAACCGCUGCAGUGAAGAACGACCUUAUGCUCUCUCUCUUCCGGACAGUUGGGGGAAAGCACGGAAUCCCUAGUGGAUCCUCCAAGUGGGCCAGGUUUGUGCCUUUGUACAGUCAGUUCUUGGACUAUGUUAACGAAGUCCGUGGCACCAUGCCACCCUGGGAUGACACCAAUGACUGCUGGUCUAGCAAGCGUACAGCUUGUCGCAAGCAGGGAGUCAACCAGUGAGUAUGUGAUUUUUCUCCCGCCGUUGUGUCCCGGUCCAAAUGUAACCAAUCGGCCUUACGAUCUUACUGUAAGGCCAGAGCUAGAGAGGCCGGAUUGCGAUGCCU